GUGAAUUUGCUCCUUUAUAAGAACAUUAGAGAUAUUUUUGCACUUUUUAAAUGUUGAUGUGUAUAUAUGCACUUCAACAUAUACAUCAAGAAUAUUUUUACUCCGAAAAAUAGAAUAGAUGUAUAUUUAUUCUCACACGAAUUAUAUAAAGUAUACUCCCUCCGUCCCUAUAUAAAAGUAUUCAUUCUUUUUCCACACAUUUUAAGAAAGUGGGAUUGAUUGGUACUGUUUGACACUGUUUGAACACUAUUUGACACUGUUUGACACUGUUUUGCACAGUUUUCUUUGCCAAAAAGGAAAGAAACUUUUAUUUAGGGACGACCCGAAAAGGAAACAUAUCCUUUUAUUUAGGAGUGAGUAUUUAUAUAAACAAAUCAGUGACACGAAAAAGAACACAUGAGAAUUAGCAGCCCCGCAAUUCCCUGAAUUCGGCCGACAUAUAUUUAAUUAAACUCCGCCGAGUCAAUUUGCUUCACUCAAACCUGUCCAUCCCAUGUCUUCUUGUUGAGCCCAAAACCAAAAUUUCCCCCUAUUCUUCCUCUUCUUCUUCAUUCCUCUGAAAUUUCUUCAAGAAAAUAAUUUCUCCAACAAAAAUGAGAAACAGCAACCAUUUGAUAGGUGCCAUAAACUUUCUGACAUUAUUAGCAUCAAUUCCCAUUCUUGGUGGAGGGAUAUGGCUGAGCAGCAGAGCGAACUCCACAGACUGCAUGAAAUUCCUUCAAUGGCCGCUCAUAGUCAUAGGCGUGUCAAUCAUGGCCGUCUCUCUUGCUGGAUUUGCUGGGGCUUGUUACAGGAAUACUUUCCUCAUGUAUCUUUACCUUUGGGCCAUGUUCUUCGUCAUUGCUGCCCUUAUUGGGUUUGUCAUCUUUGCCUUUUCUGUCACUGAUAAGGGUUCGGGUCGACCCGUUUUGGGCCGGCGCUAUAUGGAGUAUUACCUCCAGGACUACUCUGGGUGGCUUGAGGAAAGGGUCACAAGUCAAAGCUACUGGACAAAGAUCAGUUCUUGUAUCAGGGAUUCAAAUACCUGUGGCAAGCUGGGAAGGUCUGUUUAUGGCUUUCCUGAGACUGCUGAUAUGUUUUACCACAGACAUCUCAGUCCUAUUGAGAUGGACCCUUUUGGAUAUUUGACCAUUCAUGAAGCAGUAUGAACAUUAAUUCUUCUUCCCUUCACAAAAUGUUGUCGUCUUUGUUCUGGGUCUGGAUGUUGCAAGCCACCCACAGCCUGUGGCUAUAUAUAUGGGAACGAGACAUACUGGAACGUGGGAGCGGGAACCUUUGGAGCAGACCUAGAUUGCCAAAGAUGGAGCAAUGAUCAAGAACUGCUCUGCUAUAACUGUGACUCUUGCAAAGCGGGUAUACUAGCCAGCCUGAAGAAGAGCUGGAGGAAGGUUUCUGUAAUCAACAUCGUCAUACUAAUCAUCUUGGUGAUCAUGUAUGUGGUUGCUUGUGCAGCAUUUCGGCACGACAAACGUAUGGACAAUGACGAGUCUUAUGGUGAUGCCAGAAUGGAAAAGGCACGACCCUCCAGGAUACAAUUUUAGGAGCUUGAGACAAACUAAAGUUCAAAUAAUGUAUUUUAAUGGCUUGGUUUGCCUCAGGCUUCUUUAUUAGAUGGAGUUGUAUUAGUUGAUAUGCCUUUGUACUUUGAAACCGACUAAAAAGCGCUUAAAUAUUGCUUGUUUGGUGUGUUAUUAAUAUCGAUGUGAUUUACUUCCCCAUAAGCAACUCUUCAGGAGUAUCUCAUCUGUAAGAAAUGUCAUUAUCUAUAAUGGUUGGUGAUCAGUGGUCAUGAAGAUGAUGAAAUAAAGUAGAUACACUUUACAGCUUUGGGUGAGUAAAAGAUUCAUA